AAGACGAUUAUUGGAGUAAGUGCCUUCGAGAAAUAACUUCCUGAGCACAGCAUCUUCAGGUUUAGCGAAAUUACAAUAUGGAGAUUCAGUACGAUGCAGUGUUGCGUUUCUCUGGUGGGUUUAAAAAGAAUUAUGAACAAAAAAAAAUGAAUAAUUUAUAACUGAAUUGCAUCGCAUUGGAUUGUUUGCUGUUGUUGUGUCAUUUAUCAAACUAACAGCGAUAUGGCAUUAUGGCUUAAACAAUUGGUUUAUUUUCCUAACAAAUAAUAAAAACAAUUAGGCUACGCAUUUUCACUGGACUAAUCGGAAACCAUAUUAUAGAGGUCGUACUUCUAAUCAAGGGUAGCACAAUGACAUGGGGUGCGACAACAGCAAGAGAGACAUCGUGGAAGAGGACGAAGAGCAUUGCUAUGCUGAUGAGUUCUCAGAGCACCAGAUCGACUCCAUCAAAAGCACGUGGCCUAUAUUGUCACGUGAUCGACAGAAGACGGGUGUGGACUUUUUCCGUAACAUAUUCAACGCUGAGCCGGUCGUUAAAGCAAUGUUUAAGAAGGACAGGACGAUUUCCGACGAUCAACUUCUCAACAGCUCUGAAUUCCUGAAACACGUGGACAACUUCAUGUCUGCUCUAGAUAACGUCAUUGACCUUUUGGAAUACAACACCGUAGAAACUCAACAUUCCCUGAUAGUUCUAGGCGCCAAACAUGCAACUUUCCACGGCUUCAAGGAGGAAUUCUUCACGUUGUAUUCAAAGUGCAUGAUUGAUACGUGGGAGAGUGUAAUAGGAGAGGAGUUCAUAGAAGAAGUGAAGGAAAGCUGGGAAAUGUUCAUUAUGUACAUUACUCGGUAUAUGCGACAAGGAUUUGUGAUUUACUUACAGGACACAAAAACACAAGAUGAAACAAUUGUUUAUUAACCUAUUUCAUGCAUGUUGAUCUGGUAGUUACUCUGUGAUUCUUUGAAAUCAGUUGAUGGUUCAUGUAGCCAUAUAGUUAUUGUUUAAUAUGUUGGUUUCAUUUUACGUGUCUAACUUUGUUCCAUCAUAUAUGUUGUAUGACAUGCUAGUAUACAGUGAACAUCUUUUUUGUGUCUAACGUUGAAUAACCAUUAUUAACUGACGAUGAAAAAAAGAAACAUACGCUUUUAAAGAUGAACAAUUUUUUUUAAAUCACCCUUUUUAAUUUGACUGUCAGUAUGUGUGUAUAUUUAUUUGAUUUAUAUUUUGUAGUUAUAACAUUUUAUUUCAAUUGCCGUUAUCAUCUUAUGGUCAAGAUAUGCAAGUUUGAUGUAUGUUUUCUUUUAAUAGCUAUUAUAUAUAGGCAUUCACUGCUAAUUGAAGACAUAAUCAAGUAUCAAUCUAGAGCGCGAAAUCCGCAACUCACGUCUUGCAUGAUGCAAGUAUGUAUGAUUGACUCUUCUCUCAAGUAUAAGGCAAGCACACAAUCAAGAGUGGGUAUCAAUUACGGAGUCUUAGCAGUUAUUGUAGUUCACAAACAAGUCAAUUGCCUUAAGAAGACCUUACGUUUUGCCUUAGAUUGGUUGAAUGAUUUAGUGAAUUCAUUAAAAUAUUACGAUGCGACAUGUGCGUGCAGAAGAGAUAUAUUAAGUGUAUGUAGCUUCGUUAAAUCGAACAGAGUCUCAGUCUCAUGUUAUCAUAUUAUAAAUUGCAGAUAUUGCUCAAUCUGUAAUUAUCUUUUCCGCCCACAUAAAAAUACGUAUACCAUACGUUAACAAAGUCAUUUUCCUAAAUGUUAAGUAAGGGCGCAUAUAUAUGAAUUACUU